AUGUGUCCUCCUUCACUAAACCCUAAUGCUGAAAUCGGCUUCGAUUGUACUCCAGAGGAGAUUUGCAGCUCUCUUCGCAAAAUGAUGAAAGGGUCUCCUCUCUCCAGCAACGUUGUCGACGACAUUUGCCCCUACAUCUACACCCCAUCGAAUCUGCCAGCUGGCAUAUGGUAUUUGAUCGAGAAAUCGAUGGAGAAGGACAAGGAAACAGAAACUGGGCUCAGGAACAAGCAAGCAAAGGAAUCCAGCAGCCUAUGUCGAGUCUUCAUUGAACAAGAACAUAUAAAUCAUAAGAGGGAGGAAGUGGAUGCCCAAAAUCUAGUAUUUGCUGCUUCCAGUACUAAUAGCAGUGGAUCCACAAGCAAGGCUGAGGGUGAUAGGGCUGUUGUUGCAGAUCAAUUGGCUGAUGAUUUGGAAGCUGAUGAUGAUUGUUAUGCUCAAGGAGACUAA